AUGGACAACUCACCACUUCGCCUCCUAUCGGCUGAGCUGUUGAACAUGAUUGGUGAGAUGGUCUUCGCGCAGCCGUACGACAUUUACAUCGAAUUUCGACCCACGGUGCGGAAGAGCAAGCGUUCUCCGGUGGCAAUUGGGGGCCAAGGCAAGCACACGUUUGCGUUGACUUCUGUCUGCCAUGAACUCCGAGACGAGAUGAGGUCCCUGUUCUACUCCUGCAACUCAUUCGUCAUCGAGCUGGGCAGGAUGUCAAACGACGAUGCACUGCUAGGAGCUUCAGACUUGCACCUCGAACCGCUUCAUGCGUUCUUGAAUCUGGUGCCUGGCCGCAGUGUCAAGUCGCUCACGCUCACCUGCGGGCCGAUUGACGCCUUCGGCCACAAGUUCCCACAGCGCAAGAAUUUGUUCGAGAUCCUGGAGUCAGGCAUUCGAGCGGCGGAAAAGAAGGUGUACGGCAACUCACAGGUCGAGCUGUCAGUGAAGUACGGCCUUCCGCGACGUCGGAUGUACCACCGGAUGCCUUACCUUGGGGAUGCUCUGGUUCGGAUUGAUGGUUCCGCGCCGCAACGAUCCUUGCACGAAAACGAGAGAGCCUUACUUGAAAAGCAGAGAGUAAUGCUCGAUCUACAGCCGGACGGGCCUCUUCGCAGAUAUGUCAGUACGGGGCUCAGUGCGUUGGCGAUCAUGCUCGGUAUGUGGAGGAUAUGGCUGGACGAGUGA